AUGAAAGAGUUUAACUUGGAAGAUGAUGUAUGGUUUAAACACAUGUAUGAGAUAAGAAACUCAUGGAUACCAGCAUACUUUCGAGAAUUGGCGAUGUCAGGUCUAAUGAGAACGACUUCUCGAUCUGAAAGUGAGAACUCUUUUUUUAACAAUUUCACAAACCCUUAUGCCACAUUGGUACAUUUUAUGAUGUCUUAUGAAUCUGCAAUGGAGAGGCAAGGAUAUAGAUUGGAAAUUUUAGAUCAUCAAUCACACAACAAGCAGCCAAGAAUUAUGACUGCAUUGAAUUUUGAAAGGCAGGCUUCCAAGUUGUACACACGGAAAAUAUUUCUGUUGGUUCAAGAAGAGAUAAAACAGUGUCUUUAUAAUUGUUCUCAGAUAAGUGUUUCUAAUGAAGGAAGUAAUGAAGUAAUUAUUAUUAAAGAGAACAGAGAGAUCAACAAGAAACCAGAGAAAAAACCUCCAAGAAAUAAGAAAAGAAAAGAAUAUGAGGAUGAAGAUGAAGAUAUUGUUGAAGAUAUAGUAACUGUGCACGAAGAAGACCCCGAAGAUGGAAUUGAGGAAUCAACAAAAAAUGCAAAACGACAUACUGCUUGCACAUCUGGAACUACAGCUCUGAAAAGGAUAUACACAUUUAAGCACAUAUUUUGUAUGUUUAAAGCAAAUGAUAUUCAAGAAAUUCCAGAAAAAUACAUUCUUAGAAGGUGGAGAAAGGAUUUAAUACCACCAGGAAUGCGUACAAGAAGAAAAAGGUUCGGUGAGUCGAGUGAAGAAUGUGAAAAGCUUGCUAAUGAGUUGCAUUUCAAUGUAGAGAAUUGUGUCAGCAUAUUAUCAAAAGAUAUACCAAAACUUUUUGAUUUUGUUAAGACAGUUAGAGAAUUGAAAGACAAGAUUGAAGAUAAUGUUUCAACUUCCAGAACAAAGAAAACAAAGGAAGUUAUUCUGGAUUUCCUAGGUGUUCAAUAG